GUGGUAGUGAGCGGACGUGUCAAACGGGAGCUGCGCGCGGUUAUCUACUCUGUGACAGUGUACCUUUUUGUGUGAAAAUUAAAGUAAUUGAAAAAGAUAGAUAAAUAGAUAAAAAAAAGUUGAUAAAGAAAAAAAAUAUGUGUUUGUAUAUUUAUUGAUAAAGUGAAAUGAUAUGAUUUCAAACUCACGUGUUAUCAUCACAGGAAUGAACCAUAGAGGAAAAAGCUAUCGUUUUAGUGUCGUAACAUUAGUGAUGAUGUCAUAAUGAGAUGAUGAUGGUGAUGAUGGUGGUGAUGAUGAUGCAGUGUUCAUGAGACUUCGAAAUAACAACCACCUUGUACUCUCAUUUCCGGUACUACUUCUCCUAGUACUACCAUCCCAUUGUACUUUAUGAAGAGGGAAUAACACUCUAAAAAAAAAAAAAAGAGAAAAAAAAGAACUACUUCGAAACACACUGUGGAGAACCUCCCUCUUCGUCCCAUCUCUCUCUUUCUCCCUCUUUCUCUUUCUCCCUCUCACUCCCCCUCCCUCAGCGCUUGAUGGAGCUUGCCCGAGGGGAGCAGCGGAUGCACCAAGGAGGGGAAAGAGCGAGGGAAGAGGGGAAGAGGAGGGGAGGAGUGUAACGGAAGAAAAGAGGUGGGAGGAAGGCGAGAGAGAGAGAGAGAGAGCGAGGUCGGGGAAGAACCUCUGCCGAUCAGCUGAUCAGGAUGCCCGUCCGGAGGGGCCAUGUCGCCCCCCAGAACCUCUUCAUCGACACCAUCAUUCGCCGCUUCGAUGGGCCAAACCGGGCCUUCGUAGUGGCAAACGCCCAACAUGACUGCGGUGUCAUAUUCGUCAACGAGGGCUUUUGUCGCAUGUCUGGCUUCUCGCGGGCGGAUGUCAUGCAGAGGCCAUGCACUUGUGACUUCCUGCACGGUGCCAUGACCUCGAGUUUGGCCGUGCAACAGCUCAUGGAUGCAAUGGCGACCGCGCAGGAAAGGACAGUCGAGAUUCUUUACUACAAGAAAGAUGGGACCAAAUUCCUGUGCCAGACGACGAUGUGCCCGAUCAAGAACGAAGACGGCGACACGUGCAUGUUCAUCGUCAACUUCCAAGACCUGACGGAGAAGCCAGAAGACGAAGAGGAAGAAGCCUCGACGCCCCACGGACAACAACGAUACAGUCCAGAUCAAAAAUUCGAACAAGUUAACAACCGCGACCAGAAACAUAACCUUUACGGAGAUAAUAAACUCAAUUUGCAAAAGGCUUUUAAGACUCUUGAAAACCUCAAAAUGAAGCAAGAUUUCCUCCUCUUUACUCUAGGCUUUAAGACUCUUGAAGACCACAAAAUGAAGCAAGAUUUCCUCCUCUUUACUCUAGGCUUUAAGACUCUUGAAACCUCAAAAUGA